AUGGAGUCUGAAUCAGAAGUUAUUAAAGAAAAAAUUCACACUGAACCUAUAUUAAAUGAUCCGAGAUACAUAACCUUACUUAGUGUAAUACUUCUUAUUUUUACAAUUUUAUUUUGGUGGUGUUUCUCACGUCGGCGUCACUUGCGGAGGUCAGUCUUGCUUACUGGCCUUUCUGACUCUGGGAAGACGCUAUUGUUUGUGAGACUUGCAUAUUCACAAUAUAGACAAACGUUUACAUCCAUGAAAGAGAAUGUCGAGGAAUAUUCCACAUCUAAUAAAUCAUUAAGAAUUGUAGACCUGCCUGGCCAGGAGAGGCUUAGGAAUAAGUUCUUUGAUCAGUACAAAAAUAGUGCUAAGGCAAUUGUUUAUGUUGUUGACUCUGUCACCAUACAAAAGGAAAUAAGGGAUGUUGCUGAGUAUUUGUACACCAUUUUAUUAGACCCUGUUGUUCAGAGCAACUGCCCUCCCCUACUUAUUUUAUGCAACAAACAAGAUCAGCCAAUGGCCAAAGGAAGUCAGGUCAUUCAAAGUCUGCUGGAAAAGGAACUUAACUUGGUGCGUGUGACCAAAUCCAGCCAGUUGCAAUCAGUGGAUCCUAACCAAUCAAACAGCUCAACUUACUUGGGGAAACUCGGAAAGGACUUUGAAUUUUCACACCUCAGUUGUCGUGUCGAUGUGGCUGAGUGUUCUGCUAACGCUGGUGAUGAUGACAAUCCUACAGAUAUGAAGUCAUUGCAAGAUUGGAUCUCAAAACUU